AACCCGAUCGGCGCUCUGGGAUUUCCCGCAUAGAGUCUCCUCUGCUAGCGAAAAGCCCUUUCGAGUCCUUUCCAGAAUCGGCGGUGGCUUUGAGACCGCAGGAGCCAGGAAGGAAAGGAUCCAGAAAAGGGAGGCGUGGUCGAUCCGUUUAUUUUCUGCCCCAUUUCAAGAAGAACAGGGGAAGGAAGAAGACAUCGAUCCGUUUGCCGGCUUCGAGAUAAGGAUGGCUACUGAUCAAAGCAAGUGUUCGACCUCAGGAAUUGGUGAAUCUUCAGAUUCAACUAUACAGAUUAAUGUCAAGUCACUGGAUUCCCAGAUCUAUACAUUUUCUUUAAACAGAGAUACACCUAUUCCUUCACUAAAGGAAAAGGUAGCAAGUGCUUCAGGUAUUCCAGUAGAGCAGCAACGGUUGAUAUUUAGGGGGAAGGUCUUAAAGGAUGAUCACCUUCUUUCUGAUUACCGACAUGCAAACUUGUACCUUCACAAUCAUACAGAUCUGGAAGAUGGACACACACUACAUUUGGUUGCUAGACCAGUUGAGGCUCAAACUCAAUCUGGGACUGUUUCUGGAGGUCAAUCUCACAAUAAUGACCAAGGAACUGAUUCUUCAACCAAUUCACCUCCCAAUAGGAUUGGACAAGUUUCACAUAGUGUUGUUCUAGGAACUGUUAAUAUUUCUGACCAAAGAGAAGGAAUGGGCUUGUUACCUGAUAUUGGUCGGGUUGUUGGUGCAGUACUGCAAUCUAUAGGAGCUGGGAUUUUAUCUCCUGCUGGUGCUAACAACACCCCAUCUGUUGCAGUAAAUCAGGCAGCUCCUAGUAAUAGCACAGGACAUUCACAAGAUGCUAGUGGCAGAGCUCAACAAAACAAUCAAACACAGCCACCUGUUACGUUGGUCAAUCAACCCUUUCAAGUGCAACUCGCUUCACCAGCAGCACUACAACCAAAUAUGGUCAUUCCUGAUUCUUUGAGGACCUUAUCAGAUUAUAUCAACCGCAUGGAGCUAAUACUACAAAACAGUGGUUCUCAGUCAUCUGCACCAAGCAAUACACAGAAUAUUCCAAGGUCAGAUAACACAUCCUUGAAUGGGAACAGAGUACCUACUCCUGACGUGUUGGGUUCAGUAAUUGACCAAGCAAGAGUGCUUCUUAGCGGAAAUACAGCAACUGCCUUUUCUCAUAUGGCCGAGCGCUUGAGAAGAGAAGCUACUUCUGAUCCAUUGGUUCGUAGUCAGAUACAAACUGAAGCCAUGCAUUUGGGUUUAGUCAUGCAACAUUUAGGUGCAAUGCUUUUGGAGCUUGGUCGUACAACUAUGAUGCUGCGGACAGGAUCAUCUUCUGAUGGUUCUUUCGUGAACUCUGGCCCAGCAGUUUAUAUAUCUUCCACAGGACCAAAUCCAAUAAUGGUUCAGCCUUCUCCUCCUCAAUUGAGCUCUUUUUUCACUGGUGCUUCACCUUUGAUUAGUGGACCUUCUAAUAUAUUAAAUGCUGGGGACUUAUUGAGAAAUAUAAAUGUACAUGUACUCUCUGGGACUUCAUUAGCACCCAGUGUGUCAUCUUCUGGUGCAAGGGAAAGUACAAGGGAUCUUAACCAUACUGGACGCCAAAAUAUGGAACAAGCAAAUCAAACUAGCAAUGCUUCAGGACCUUUGGGGAAUGCUGCUCCAAUGCGAGGAAUGACAGCUAGAACAGUUGUUGCAGCUAUUCCAGGACGUUCUCCCAGUGAACAUUCUGGUUCUGGUCCUGUCCUUAGUGUUCUCUUUCCUGUACAUGUGGGGUCACAACCAUCGAACCCCACACCUUCCACGUCAUCUCAAAAUUCCCAUCCUUCUAUAAUUAGUGGAACACAACCUGCUACAGCACAGACUGUUCAACAUUCUUCUUCAGAAUCUGCUAUUGUUCCUCAAGUAGUGGCACAAGAACACACACAGACUGAUCAUUCUGGCACUGCACCAGAUCAAACAAAUGGAUGUGCCCCUGCCAAAAGCAUAUUAGACACGGUCGGGCAGCAGUUAGUUACUGAAGGUUCUUCAUCAAGAAAUAGUUGUGAGAAUAUUGUAAGUGAUUGGACUGAUAAUAGCCUUGAUUCUGCAAACAAGAAUAUUGAGACGCACGUUCCUGGGAUUUCCACAGCAGCUGGAAAGCAGCAUUCUUUGAUUACUGGUGGGAUGGGCGGGUCUGCAUCCUCGAAACCUGUAAACACUUUGACUACUAAGGAAAAGUCCUCUGAGGACAAGAUGAAGGCCAUUGCACAAAGUAGCAAGUCUGGUGGGACUGAUAGGACUACCCCUUUGGGGCUUGGAUUGGGCGGUCUGCAACCCAAGAAGCGGAGAAACGGAGCGAAGCCUAUAGUUAAGGAUGGAAAAUCCCAUGAUUCAUCAUCCGUUAGUCAAAAUCAAGAAUCUAUUUCUAGGGGCCAAGAGUUACUGAGAUCAAUUGUUUCCCAUGUCUCCGAUGGUAACCGAGACAGUAUGAAUAGUUCCUCUGGUCCAUUUCCUUCUGCUGCCUUUAAUCAGUUUGCACGUAGCAUAAAUUUUGUUGGGCAAGAUUCAAGGGAACGAGUAAAUGCUGGUGACUUGAUGAGCCAGGUCCUUGGUAGCCCUGCUUUUAAUAAUUUUUUGACGAAUUUUGGUGGAGUUCCAUCAGUUAGUGUUAAUGAAUCUGAACCAGAGUCUCAAAGUUAUAAUACAAUCAGACCAGACGAGAGGAUACACAAAAGUGAAUUGCAGUCUCAGAUUGAUCUUCAUGAAGCACAACAAAAGAUUGAACAGAACGACUCUCCUGGAAGUAUUUUCCGUGCCAUGCUGGAAAGUGCCGGUGGUCUUUAUGGUGAAGAUAACCAUGAGGGUCUUCUUCAAGAACUCGGAGAUGAUGUAGAGCUCAGUAAUGAAUAUUCAGAGAUAUUGCAUCGUCAUAUUCAGCAGAGGCUCACUAAGGAAUCGGAAUCAAAAGAGAAGUUUUAAGCUGGAAGUUUAUCGUCGAUACAGACCGAACAUUAAUUUGCGUAAUAUUAGCUGUUAUUUUGGUACCUUUUUUCUCUAAAAUUUAUCAAGAACUACCGAUUGUAUUAUUAUAAAUCUUUUAUCAGAUACAAUUACGAUUUUGUAGUAUAUCA